AUGGUGAUUGGCGGUGGAGCAGGUGCUGGGAAUGGUGGUGGUAUUGGUGGUGACGAAGCCGUGUUGUUAAAUUGUAAUUCACCGUGCUUGUUGCUUCGUCGUGCAUUUCAGUUGACGGAACUCUUGAUAAUUACAUGGUGCUUAAUAAUUGUGGCUCGGUCGGAAGCUGUGGAGAACGAGCAGGAAACGUUGUUGAAGAAGGCGGCCGAACAGCUCGAGCGAUUAGCACCGUUUCGGAGAAUAGCGGAGACUCCAGAGGAAUCCGAUGUCUCUAAGUUGUUAGAGGCAUGGAAAGCUUCAGUGGAUCAAAACAAUUUAGAUGGAAAGAACGAUGAUAGUCAGGGUGUACCUUGGGAAGUGCUUGAGAUCCUCCCUGAACAAACGGAGGAACAAACGGAGGAACAAACGAUAACGGACGCGGCAAAGCGGAUCGACGACGAAAAGAUGAUAACGAUCGGCGUUAUCGCCGAUCCGAAAUUCGCCGCGAUGAUGCAGGAGAGAGUGAAAAGAGGCUACAAUGCCGGCUCCGGAAGUCUUCUGACUAGCAUAGCGGGUGGAGUGUUAAGUGGCAUUGCGAGUACAUCGAGUGGUUCCGCAGCGCAAGCAUCGGUGGGUAGCAGUCAGCAGAAACCGGUGUAUGGCACACCAGCAGAACACACUUAUUCGUACGAAGCGAAACCUUUCGGACCUUGGGAUUUCAAGAAGGCGAUUUUCGGCACGCUAUUCCAAGCUCUCAAAGCGAUAGGCGGCGGCGUAAUAGCUUUGAAGGGUCAAUUAGUAAAGGGCAGUAGUUACCUGUUAGCUGGUAAAAGCAAAGUUUUCUACAAAGCCGGGGAUGUUAUCACAUCUCUCGGUAAGAAGCUGGCGGCUAGCGCGAUAACGGAACCGAAACCUUAUCCACCGGAUACUUACUACGAUCAUCCGCCAAAUAUAGGACACGAUUCUCACUACCAAGGACCACUGCCAGGCUCCGAUGAUUACUCCGGAGCACCUAAUGAUUAUACUGUACACAAAGUCUAUGGCUUGCCGACAGAUGACAAGGCGGGCGGCCUGCUGAUCGCAACGCCAAUGAAAUCUGAUCUGGACGGACACAACGAGCAACAUACGAAUGUGGCAGUGUCCGAAACAUCAGAUCUGACCAAAUUAGAAGAGAGUUUCGGCGGUCCAGCCAAGGGCUCCGCCAUUACGAAUUUUUUCAACAGCUUGCCGAAAGGUAGCAUUGGACUCAAGGAUCAGGCCGUCGUCGGUCAAAACAACGAUGUGGAAUCUUAUCCUCCGGCGCAGCAUCCAAGUCCGACCUACGGUGCACCGGACCAUUCCACGAAUUACGACAAUCCAGCGCAAAAUUAUAACAACCCAGUGCAAAACUAUGAGCAGAACUACGUUCAGAACAAUGCUUAUCAACAGCCAGAGCUACCGCAAACCACACUGCCGCACCAUUACAUCCCGAAUCUCGGCGAUCCGAAUUUGUCCAUCCAGCCGAGCGUGGAGUACUCGCCGUUGCAUGUGCAGCAGUAUCAAUAUCCGAAUCCGUUAUUGAACUCGCCCAAGCUACCGCAUGACGACGGCGGAACGUCGGUGUACACGAGUCUGUCCAUCGACACCGAGCCUCAAAUUUCAUCCUUGAAAAGGCCUCUCUUAGAUCAUUCAAAUGACCUUGAUUUGCCCAAGUUGCAGCCGCACGUGAACUUUCACAGAUACCCUCAGUUAGGGAACGAUCUUCACGGUAGCUUGGGCGGUCCGCUGAGGAUAUCCCUUCUGAAGCCGAUGCCGACAGCUUAUUAUUGGCACGGUGAAGGAUCACUCAUGCCGACGUCACCCCUCGGCAUGUUGGAUCACUUUCAUAAAAGAAACGUUCUUCACAGGCGAACACUUGACAAACGGCUCGCGCGUCACUCGUUAGUGCAAAGGAUGAGGUUUCAUCAGUAAGAUCAAAACAGUGGUCUAUGCGUUUACGUAUUAUCCACAUCCGGCCAGAUACAGAUACAGAUUACCAUAUUGGCAUUAUAGACGAUAAGAGCUUUUGGUAUCGGCAAUCGCAUGAAUUUCAGGAAAUACGAGAGAGGAGUUGACCGGCAAAAAGGGAUAUAUAGGAUUCGAUAUUUUGAAGUUAAGACAAAAGAACAUCCAAGUCUAAAAGAAAAUUUAUGCAGCAUUGAAGUCCAUAGUUCACACAAAAGUGUGUCGCACAGCUUUAUAGCGAACAUCUCGAAAAUCUUCGAGAACUUGUUUAUUGAGCUUGAAUUUAUUUCUCCGAAUAUUUUGUACAUAUUCCGGCUUAUUGACAAAAAUGAUUAUGUUUUUGAUUCUGUAGCCGAAUUGAAAACUUGAUCCGAGAAAUUAUUUAAAUAAUUUCUCAUUAGUUAACUAGGAUUGCGAACAAGCAUUACGAUAAUGUAUUGUAAUUUAAUUUGUGAUAAAAAUUCUAAGCUUAUUGCAUUUCCUUUGUUCGCUAUUUGUGAACGUAGCGGACUUGACUUAAACUUACGUAAGUCUUACUUAAGGAAAGUCUACGAUGAGAUCUACGAUGUCUUACA